AUGUGCUCCAGGAUUUGGUUUGUGACAGACCGGCGUAUCGCUCAGGAGUACCCGCAAGUUCAGAUCCUCCGUGCGCUGAAGGAGCGGUGUGCGGACGAAGAUGUGGAAUUCCGAUAUCUUCUCAUGGAUCAAAUUGUUCUAACCAUCAGCGAGGGACAACUAGGGCUGCGUGUGGACCAGGAGCUGGUGACCUCGUACCCUCAGGUGGUCAUGGUCCGGGUGCCCACGCCCUGGGUCCAGUCCGACAGCGACAUCACUGUCCUGCGACACCUGGAGAAGAUGGGCUGCCGGCUCAUCAACAGACCUCAGGCCAUUCUCAACUGUGUCAACAAGUUCUGGACCUUCCAAGAGCUCGCAGGACACGGGGUUCCUCUGCCGGACACCUACUCUUACGGAGGCCACGAUAACUUCCGUAAGAUGAUUGACGAGGCGGAGCCGCUGGGAUACCCGGUGGUGGUGAAGAACGCUCGUGGACACAGAGGUAAAGCAGUGUUCCUGGCCCGAGAUAAGCACCACCUGACGGACCUGUGCCACCUGAUCCGCCACGACACGCCGUACCUGUUCCAGGAAUAUGUGAAAGAGUCUCACGGCCGUGACGUGCGCGUGGUGCUGGUGGGAGGACGUGUCAUCGGAUCCAUGCUGCGCUGCUCCACCGACGGACGCAUGCAGAGCAACUGUUCUCUGGGUGGGGUGGGGAUGAUGUGCCCUCUCAGUGAGCAGGGGAAGCAGCUGGCCAUCGAGGUGUCCAACAUCCUGGGCAUGGACGUGUGCGGCAUCGACCUCCUGCAGCUCAACGACGGCUCCUUUUUGGUCUGCGAGGCCAAUGCCAACGUGGGCUUCAUCGCCUUCGACCAGGCCUGCGGCAUGGACGUGGCGGGCACCGUGGCCGACUUCGCCCUCUCCAUGCUCCCCAACCGGCUCACGCGGAAGAUGUCCCUGCUGUCCGUGGUCUCCAGCACCAGCGAGACAAGCAGCGAGCCUGAGGUGUGCUCCGUGCCUCAGGGGUCUCUCCCGGAGGCCGUGUGCAACAUGAGCGUGGGCUCCACCUCUAGUGAGAGCGACCCCGAGUCCGCAGAGCCCGCCCAGUCGUCGCCGCUGCCGCCCGUCGACCCCGACUCGGCCUAUAACAUCAACACGCUCCUGGCCAACGAGAUACAGCUAUUGACUGAGUAG